AUGCCUGACUUACAACAUAUAUAUGCAAAGGAAAUUUUUCCAAAUGAGAAGCUAAAAAGAUAUUUUUUAAAAUGUAGAUCGAAAGAAAAGGUUCUGUAUUCUUUUACCUCUGAUAAUGAAGUUACAUAUGAGGAAAAAAAACACAAUGACAAUUUGGGUAUUUUAAAAUGCAAGGGUCUAUACUUCAAAUCAGUGACAAAUAGAUUCGUCACUUUUUUGUAUCUUCUGUAUUUGUUCUUUGUACUUUUUAGCAAAGAUAUUUUGUAUAUUCUUUUAGAAAAGAAGCAUGAUGCAUUGUCUGAUUGUGUAAUAGUCGCACUUAUCUGCCUUUGUUGUGUCGAGGUUGUAAUGGAUCUCUUAGCAGAAAGGACCUACACCUGCUAUUUUAUGUUCUUCGAUGUUGUUUCUUUGAUAUCUUUGUUUUUCGAUUUGUUUGUUUGUGAGUAUUAUCUCUUCGAUUUGUUUGAUUCCUAUAUGAAGAGAAAAAAUGGAAUAAACGACAAUGAUAAUGAAGACUUUAUAUACCUACUGCAUCUGUUGAAGGCUCUUCGUGUUACUAAAAUUUAUCGAUUAAUUAUUUGGUUCAUUGGGAGACAUACUAAGGAGAAGUACAAGCAUAGGAAUGAAUGGAACUUUGAAAAAAUGGAGAGCAUGCAAAAUAGAACUAAUUUGAAGGAGAGCUUAAAAUUUACAAAUAAAAUGCACUUGGCCCUGAUAAAAAGAUAUUUUAUGUCCUUAUUUUUUGUUAUGAUAUCCUUUAUAUUUAUCGAAACGAUGUCAAUUCCCAAAGUGAAAAAGAACUCCAUGGAAUACUUCAUCUAUAACCUGGAUCUAAUUUCUUUAGAAGAUUAUUACGAAUCUGAAUUCUUGAAGGCUAUAUAUUUUUACAGCGUGAUACAAAAGAAAAAGGGAUCUGACGAAUAUUUAGUUAGCUUUAAAUCAAAGAGAAAAUUACAAAAUUUUAUUAACAAAAAGGAAUUAGAUACGGGGUCUCAAAAGAGGACACUGUGGAAUUUCACUCAUUUUUCAUACAAUGAGCUCAUGAAAUUUAUAAGUAUGAACACCCCGGAUAUGGAACAAAAUGAUGAAGAAGAAAUAAUUCUAAAUGGCACAAUUAAGGACUUUAACGCUCUGAGGAUAUACGAAACGAAAAUUUACAAGUCUGACGAAUUUACCUUUUACUUAAACAUUAAGAAAAAUAUAAAGAAGAAGAUAAAAAAUGUUGUUCUCUUAAAAAUUUUCAUCAUUGUGUUUUCCUUUAUUAUAUUAUUUUACUUUACCUCUGAACUGAACAUCUUACUGUUCCCAAUCGAAAGUAUAUUGAAAAAGCUUAAGCUUAUGAAAUCCGAUCCAACAUUGGCACUUGAAAUGCAGGAAGAACUUCUUAACCAUGAAUUGGACAAUUUACUAAGGAAUAUAAAAAUGAAGAAAAAAAGCAUAAAGCAGAAUUACGAAAUUUUGAAGAUGGAAGAAAAUUUAAUGAAACUAGGAACCCUGAUGUUGUUAGGUUUUGGUGAAGCAGGGGCCAAAGUAAUUUCUAAAAAUAUUAACACGCAAGAGAGAAUAAAUUUGUUAAUAAAUGGGGAAGUUGUUUAUUCUGUAUUUUCAUUUUGUGAUAUAAGAAAUUUUACCGAAUUAACAGAGAUAUUGAAAGAAAAGAUCAUGAUAUUUAUAAAUCUAGUGGCAGAAAUAAUUCACGAUUGUUGUGAUUUUUACGGGGGAUCGAUAAAUAAGAACAUUGGAGAUGCAUUUUUACUUGUUUGGAAAUGUAAGAAAAAAGAUUUUUCAAAUAAAAAGAUAAAUUUGUUAAAGUCAAAGUAUCACAUGCCCGAUAAUGGAAAUGGGGAAGAUAUAUCAGAAAAGGCAUGUAUAAACAGGAUUUGUGACUUGGCAUUUUUAUCUACUGUGAAAACGUUGAUCAGAUUAUACGAGUCAGAAAAAAUCCGAUCAUUUUUGAAAAGUGAAAAAAUAAAUGAACUAGUCAGUAAUAAUAGGAUCGAAUUAAGUUUUGGAUUGCAUUUUGGCUGGGCCAUCGAAGGGGCAAUUGGAAGCAGCUAUAAAAUAGACCUUUCCUAUUUGUCUGAGAAUGUGAACAUAGCUAGUAGAUUACAAGAUAUUUCCAAAAUUUACAAAAAGAAUAUUGUUAUAUCUGGAGAAUUUUAUGAAAAUAUGUCUGAAGGUUUUAAGAAGUCAUUACGGAAAAUAGAUCGAGUUGCAUUGAAGGGAUGCAGGAACCCAUUGAAUUUGUACACAUUUGAUAUGUGUCUAGAUAAUAUUCCGACGAAAAAAAAAGAAGAAAAAUUUGAUGCAACCCGAAAUGUUGACAUAAAAAUGAUGAAGAUUCUGGGUGAUAUAAAGCAAAAAACAGAAAGACGUCGUAGGAAAAGGGAAGUGUUGAAUCUGGCCUACGAUUUAUACGAAGAAUAUACAAAAGACAAAGACAUAAAAAUAAUUCAAGUGAAUUUUCCUGUUGAGUAUUUGAAUCUAUUUGAAAAAGCCUUGGGGUUAUAUUUAAAUGGGGACUGGGAUGAGUCACACCGCAUGUUAGUUUAUUUAAAAGAGAACUUUUCUGAAAAUGAUGAUAUCGUGUGUCAGUUGAUGAAUUUUUUAAAUGGGGAAAAUUUUACUGCACCCAGUGAUUGGUGUGGAUACCGGCGUUUUUUGCAAAAAUCGUAG